UUGCUAGAUCCUCGUUAGAGGCGUAGAUCUCGUAGAUGGCGCAGAUAAAAUAACCUACAAAACCAUUGUUGAUAACUAUUGAUAACACUCAAUAAAGGAAGCUUUUGUUAUUUAUUCAUCAGUAGUUAAUUGUUUACGUGAAAGUUGUGCUUCUGGGUCAUAAAUUCCCACAGAAAUUGCGCACUAGUUAUUUGUAUUUGCUCUGAUAAGUUCAGUACUAGUACUAGUUCAGUGGAAAACAACUGUUGCAAUCAAACUGUCCUCAUUCUACAUUUAUUAGAACCUUCCAAACCUUAGCACAUUAAUCCAGCAGCACCAUGAAGAAGAAGGUCUUGCUUAUGGGCAAAAGUGGUUCCGGCAAAACCAGUAUGAGAUCAAUCAUAUUUGCCAAUUACAUAGCCAGAGAUACAAGAAGACUUGGUGCCACUAUUGAUGUAGAGCACAGUCAUGUCAGAUUUCUAGGCAAUUUAGUACUAAAUCUCUGGGAUUGUGGUGGACAGGAAGCCUUCAUGGAGAACUACUUCAACACUCAAAGAGACAAUAUUUUCAGGAAUGUUGAAGUUCUUAUAUAUGUGUUUGAUGUUGAGAGUGGAGAACUUGAGAAAGACAUUCACUACUAUCAGAGUUGUUUGGAGGCCAUAAUGCAAAAUAGUCCAGAAGCCAAGAUAUUCUGCCUCAUACACAAAAUGGACUUGAUUGCUGAAGAUCAACGCGAUACCAUUUUUCGCGAACGCGAAAAAGACAUAAAGGAAUUAUCUAGGCCACUACAUUGCACGUGCUUCCGGACCUCUAUAUGGGAUGAGACUUUGUACCGUGCGUGGUCGAGCAUCGUCUACAUGCUUAUUCCAAAUGUUAAAGCUUUGGAGAACUCACUGCAACAAUUUACGAAUAUUGUUGAUGCUGAUGAAGUUCUCUUGUUCGAACGCGCGACAUUUUUAGUAAUCUCGCACUGUCAACGUCGUCACCAUAAGGACAUUCACCGCUUCGAAAAAGUCUCGAAUAUUAUAAAACAAUUUAAACUGUCUUGCUCCAAGUUGGCCGCACAAUUCCAAAGCAUGGAAGUGAAAAAUUCUGCGUUCGCAUCUUAUAUUGAUAUGUUCACCAGCAAUACUUAUGUUAUGGUGUGCAUGUCGGAUCCAAAAAUUCCUUCGGAGAUUACUUUGAUUAAUAUUAGAAAUGCCCGGAAACACUUUGAGAAGUUGGAAAAGGUGACCAGCAGUCAGCCAUUAACGUAAUUUUUAAAUUGUGUUCCUGUCCUGUUGUAAUGAAGCUAUUUUCCAGCUAGUAAUAAUGUUAAUAAGACAAUUAUCCCUUAAUACUAAAUCAACAAGAUGCCACGAAUUAUUAUAAUGCUAAUUUUGCUUAAUGUUUAGUUGUAUAUAUGUUUUUCACUUUGAAGCCAAAUGACUGAUUUGAUAUUUUGCUAUCAAACUACUGAACGAAUUUACGUCUAACAAGAUGGUUUCACGAGUGAAAACAUAACAAAUGUUUUUGCAACUUAAUAAUCUAUCAUAUUUGUAAUAUAUAGUAAAUCAUGGUUAAUAUAUAAGAAAAUAUAAAGAUUUUAAACAGCAGAA